CAUGGCUAAAGGUGACCCCAAGAAACCGAAGGGCAAGAUGUCUGCUUAUGCCUUCUUUGUGCAGACUUGCCGGGAAGAGCAUAAGAAGAAGAAUCCGGAGGUUCCUGUUAACUUUGCAGAGUUUUCUAAAAAGUACUCUGAAAGGUGGAAGACUAUGUCAGGGAAAGAGAAAUCCAAGUUUGAUGAGAUGGCAAAAGCCGAUAAGGUACGAUAUGAUAGAGAAAUGAAAGACUACGGGCCAGCGAAAGGUAGCAAGAAGAAGAAGGAUCCUAAGGCACCCAAACGGCCACCGUCUGGCUUCUUCCUGUUCUGUUCAGAAUUUCGUCCCAAGAUCAAGUCUACAAACCCUGGCAUAUCCAUUGGGGAUGUGGCAAAGAAGCUUGGCGAAAUGUGGAACAAUCUGAGUGACAGUGAGAAGCAACCUUAUAAUAAUAAGGCAGCCAAAUUGAAGGAGAAAUACGAAAAGGAUGUCGCAGAUUAUAAGUCGAAAGGGAAGUUCGAUGGGGCAAAGGGGGCGGCUAAAGCUGCCCGGAAAAAGGUAGAGGAGGAAGACAAGGAGGACGAGGAAGACGAGGAGGAGGAGGAGGAUGAAGAAGAUGACAAAUGAAACUGUACCAUAUUCUGUCACCAUGUGAAUACCAUAGAGUAGGGGAAACACCUUUAAAUGAAACCCCUCUCCUUUGUGAUGGUGUAGAUUGCCCUAUUAGGCUUAAUUGGCUUCUGAUCACAUAGCUUCUCAAAAGUGCUUCUAGAUAGACAUUGUAACUGGUUUUACAUGAAGUGGCCCAGAAACUGUAUCAAAGUUGUACAUAUUUCCAAACAUUUUUAAAAAUGAAAAGGCGUUCUCUGUUCUCCUCACUCUGCACUUUUGUUGUUGGUGUAAAACAAGCAUUUACAAAUGUUUUCAGGCAUUUUUUUUUCAAUUCGUAAGGUGGUGUUUAACUAUAUGGUUAUUGGCUAGAAAAUUCUGGGUUAUAAACUGUACAUAUCUAUAGUUUGUAAAAACAACAAAACCCCACACCCCUAGACAGAUUCUUGGGGGAGUCCAGGCUUGAGGGGACAUGAGACUCUGCCUUUCCUAAGGGGCUGCAAACCCAAAGCCUACACUGUGAAGGUAGA